AUGGAGCCAGACGUCCAGCACGAAGACAACGAAAAGAAAGGUGGCAGAUGCUUUUCUCAGGCUACCUUGGUGGAUUGGCUAAAGGCCACCCGAGCGGCGCUGUGCAAACGUGCGACGGCAUUCACCCUCUGGCUGCACACACCAUGUGAUCCGUCAAGCCUGGCCAUUGCGCGGAUCCUAUUCGGAGCAGUCAUGAUACUGGAUCAACCUGAAGAGCGCGGCUUGGCCUUCGUGGAAGAACGCUGGGGUGACCCCAAGGAGUGCCGCUUCCCCUUGUUCUCCUUCUUGAAGCCGCUAUCCUUGGAAGGAAUGUACUGCAUUCACCUGAUCAUGCUUCUCGGUGCGAUUGGCAUCUGUACUGGGGCGUUCUUCAAAAAGAGCUGCAUGGCCUUCCUGCUUCCUUAUUGGUUCAUCUUCCUGCUAGAGAAGUCCAGGUGGAAUAACCACAGCUACCUCUACGGUCUAAUCACUGUGCUGCUCAGCGUCACAGGAGCUCACCGCUUCUGGUCUGUUGACUGUUGGAGGAAAAGCGGCAUAAGAAACACCGACAUUCCCAAGUGGAACUACGUGCUUCUGCGGUUACAGGUGUUUCUCGUGUACUUCAUCGCCGGGCUAAAGAAGACUGACAGGGAUUGGAUCGGAGGUCACUCCAUGGAUGGCCUGGCACGUCACUGGGUCUUCGAUGUAUUCAAGCUGGUAAUGACCGAAGAGCAGGUGGACGCUUACGUAGUCCACUGGGGUGGAUUCCUGCUAGACCUGACCGUGGGCUUCCUCAUGAUUGGCGCGGCAGUGCGGCCCAUCGGAGUGCUGUUCUGCGUCCUCUUCAACACCAUGAACUCCAGGAUGUUCGCAAUCGGAAUGUUCCCGUACGUGAUGAUUGUGCUCACGACCAUAUUCUUCGACUAUUCAUGGCCCAAGAAAGUCGCAGCCGUGUUGCCACUGUGUAUCAGGAAUACGGUGCCGGAUCUCUCCGCGUCUCGGCCGGACUUCAGCCGUUGUUGGUACCCUGGUCAAUGCAAGGGCAACGUCCAAUGCAUUGGCAGUCCAAGGGCCGAGCGUCGGCUGUGCAGGUGGAGGGUGACGGCGUUCCUCCUCUGCCUGCACGUGCUCUUGCAGCUUUUCUUGCCGUACUCGCAUGGCCUCACCAAGGGCUACAACACAUGGACACAGGGAAGCUAUGGAUACUCCUGGGAUAUGAUGGUCCACAACUGGAGGCCCGUGCACGUCAAGCUUGUCGUCUACGACAACGCCGCACACAAGACCCACUUCCUGGAUCCCGAGAAGUUCACCACCUCGAAGCGGUGGCACCACCAGGCCGACAUGGUCGUCCAGUUCGCCCACUGCAUAAGCGACAGGUUCCGGCAGGACUAUGGCAUGAAGGACGUGGAAAUAUACGUCGACGUCUGGAUGUCGCUCAACGGGAGAUUCGCGCAGAGGAUGUACGACCCAACGGUGAACAUUCUGGAGCAGCCCUGGUCGCCUUUCGUCGAAGUGCCAUGGGUGAUGCCCGUCCUCACCAACUUGAGUGAAUGGAGGCAUAGCAUCAAGAAAAUCCGGGGCCGAGUGCAUGCUACCUCAACGCUGGCAGAUGUCGAGUUCAUCGCCGACUUUCCGGGAUUUUCCCUCGUCAACUACAUGGGCACGAAUUUCGACAACACAUCGCUGGAAGUUCUGAAGGGAACCGUGGCCGUCUCAUUUCCCUCGAUGAGAUCGACCCGGAUAUUGCAGACCGGCGAAAGCACAAACAUCGUGACUGGAGUUUACCACACAGUGACUCCACUGAGGCACGCCCCUGCUGGCUACAUGUACGUUUUUUCGGACAAAUCGCAAGGGUCAAGCGACGCUGGCCUCCCAGAUUCCGCACUGUCGACUAGAGAAAAUGGAGAACUUGGCAGCAUUGAUCAUUUGAAGAGAUACUUCGAGAAUUGGAAAAUAAGGAGCACUGAGCACUUGGAUGCAAGGUCGCUCCUGGGCUACGUAAGGGAAACGUUGAAUCGCUGCGGCAUUGAUGCUCAGCUGUGCAUUGCUCAAACGUAUCGUGGUGCGAAUGUCAUGAGCGGUACCUCAAGGGGCCUCAAGGCGCUGUUCAUGCAGGAAGUGCCGCCAGCAGUGUGUCCGUCCACUGAAUGA